CUAGGUUCGCGGUAUCUCACCUCGUGGUCGCCGCACGCCUCGGACUCCGGGUGUACAGCGAACCCAAAGAGGACCUGCUCGUAGCAACCAGCGACCAGCUCCAUUCAGCAGCGCACGUGCCUCUUCAGCCAGCCCGGCUCAGCCUGGAGGUGAUAGAACCGGAUGCCAAAAAAAAAAAAAAAGGUCUGAGUCCUUUUUGCAUCGGCGCUCGAAUUAUACGUCAGGUUCCAGGGCUGCCUUUAAGUCGCCUGUAAACGUGGAAACACUUUCAGCGCGAGGAGGUCACAUGGAUUUCCCAAGAGGAGAAUAAGUAAAGAUGCCACAUGAGAAGGUUAGAAGGUUCUCACUGCAAGAAGAAAAAAAUCGGGGGCAAGCAGUUUCUGGAGAAAUGGCCCAACGAGAGAGUUUUGCAGGUUUUGGCAUAGCUCAACAAAAUAACUAUUACUGCUACUGGCAAAGUCUCCCCUUUGCUAUUAGAGUGAAGCAGGAGUUCCAGCCCAACCAGGGUUACCUCUAUGGCAACUGGUAUGCGCGACAGCACAGCUCAUACCUUCUUUCUGGCUACAGCUAUGGCUGUGCAGUGGAUGGAAAUGGACAGGACUGUUUUUCUGCGCAUGAGACUCCUGAACACACAGCUGGAACUCUGGUUAUGCCUAAGGAAACCACACCUCUAGCUGAAAACCAAGAUGAAGACCCACUAGAAGAUCCACAUCUUCAUUUGAAUAUUGAGGAAUCAAACCAAGAGUUUAUGGUGAAAAGUGAAGAACUCUACGACUCCCUCAUGAAUUGCCAUUGGCAGCCUCUGGACACAGUUCACUCCGAAAUUCCAGAUGAGACCCCGAAGUGAAGCAAGGUGUUCAUUAAACUCUGCAAUUAUCAUACUAA